AUGACUUGCAACUUCCUCAUCACAAUUCUCGCACUUAUCUGCAGCACGACGUCAAUAAUCCUGCCUCUUGGUGUCAGUCCAGAUACUGCCUUCUAUUAUGUGACCCUCACAUUGGGUGAUCAACCACUCAAGCUGUUCAUCGACACAGGCUCGCCUCAAACUUGGGUUGCAACGAACACCACUAGAUGCUAUGGCACACAAGGUACAAGAGUUGCUUGCUCGUUGCACUUUGGCACUCUAUACCACCAGAGCUCCACCUUCAAUUACCUCAAUGACACCUCCAACAGCACCGUCAUCCAAUACGCAGACGGCUCAGAGGUCCGUGGCGCAUUUGGCUUCGAAGACCUCGUCCUCGAUGACUACCUUAUCUCACAAAUGCGUAUGAUACUCGCAGAAGUCUCGUUGGAAACCACCGGUGGCCUGUGGCCCUCCGCCGGCCUUCUGGGUCUCGGUCCGCAGCCAGCAGACGAAGACGACUCUUCCUCGCCUGAUGCCACUGGCCCGCCCUCGCCAAAAGGCCUGCAGAGCCUCUCUCGGCCGUUCUCACUCGGCAAGCCACAUUAUGCCCUGAAUGGCCCACAACUCGCCUCCGCUUUCACCGGCAACGACUUCCUUCCCAGCAUCUGGUCUCAAGCCGGACUCCCCGCAUUCUUCGGGCUCGCCCUCUCCCGCACCGACUCCAUCAACACCUCCACCACCUCCUCCGGCCGCAAUUCAUCCUUCGCCGGCAUCCUCACCGUAGGCGAAGCCGCUCCCCUCACUAACCCAGCAAUCAAUGCCUCCGCGGCCAACACCUUCGCGCGCAUUCCCCUCGAGCAAGAAGCCUCCUACUACUACCCCGACGUCUACGAAUACCGCCACGAUAAGAUCAACGCCAGUGGUAUCGUCAUCGGCCGCGAUCCUUUGACCGCCGAAGCUUACCCCUUUAUCCAAGACGGCUUCGCCAGCCCCCAGACGGGCCUUGGGGGAGCAGACAUGGGAUUCAUCGUUGACUCUGGCAGCCAGCUUAACAUGAUUCCCUCUCUACACGCAGCAUUGGUCAACUCAAAGUUCAAUCCCCCAGCCACGCUGUACGGCGAAGGCUGUGGCUCGUCGACUGCGACGCAAGGCGCCCGAAGUCGGGAUCCUGAUCGCGAACGAAAUGUUCCCGAUCAACACCGAAGACAUGAUUGA